CGGGAGUGGAGUCGUGUCUUCAGUAGAGAAGCUACGCCACGCGCCGCCAGGUGGCUCGCAGACGUGGAUGCGGCGGGUGUUUACGGGCGCUUUGCAUGUGCAUGUGCACGUCAGACAUUGAACGGUAUUCGCCGCGUCGCCCCACCAACAGUAGUAUUUUUUUGGUGGCACCUCCUUUGACCUCCACGGGGCUGGCAGAGUGCUGCAGUUGGCUGCACUUUUCUUUGCCCGACCGACCGACCGCCUUGCGCUUUAUUGUGUCACGGGUUCUCGCGCGCAGAUGGCUAAAAUAAAAGCCGACCCCGGACGUGCCACCUCCGUGACACCUCCAUCUCCUUCACCAUCUCCCUCUCCAACUCCCCCGCCAAGUGAAAGUUUAUUUAUCAAACCGGCAAACGACCAAAAAAGAUAACAACUUACCCGAAAAAAUAUUAAUUCGACAGUUUUCAAUUAAAAAACGACACUAAUUUGCGUACUUAGUGAAAAUCGAUAUGGCGCAGCCUUUGACUUUUAACACUGGCGAGUCAGUUUCCUGAUCUAAAACGCACAGAAUCUGUAUCAGAUUGUAGUCUUUCCAAAACUCCCUAAUAUCUAAACUCUAACCACAAAACGCACAAUGAACUUCACUCCGUUUGGCAACACAUUUCCCGGCAACAUACCCGGCCUGCCCCAGUUCACCACCAGCACGGCGCCCCUGAUCUCUACGGUUACCGCUGCCGUGGCCGAUGUCACGGUCACUGCCACCAAUAAUCCGCAACAACAGCAGCAAGAUGCCGCCGGCAGCAGCAAUCGCUACCAACAGCAACAGCAGCAGCAACAGGUCGCCCACUUUGGCCAGGCCAACAUGGCGGCAGGAUCUGGGAACAAUAAGUUUCGUGGCGGCCAGGAUGAGACUCUGCAGGGCGACAAGUACAAUGGCCAUUUGGUGGCAUCCGCCCAGCAGCAGCAACAACAGCAGCAGCAGCAGCAACAGCAACAGACGCAAUAUGCAACGGUGGCAUAUGCCAGUGCGGCAACAACGAGUUCUGCAGCGGAUGCCAUGCAGGCGGGGACAUCCAAUCAGCAGCAGCAGCAACAACAGCAGCAGCAGAUGCAACAGCAACAAGUGACGGCGCCCCAAGAGCUGACCCAAGACUUGUGCAACGCCAUUCUACAACAGCAAGUUCUUCAAAAUUCCUCGUGGCAAACACUGACGCCGGGCACCACCGUCGCCGACUACCUCUCGCAUCUUCCAGCCAACACGUUACCCUUGUCCCUGCACCACUUCCUUAAAUACUCCGCCGAGACGAUCAAGAAGGAGAACCAACAGAAUGUGGUCCUGCAAGUGCAGACGGGACCUGCCAUCGGGAUCAACACCUUGGGCACCACAACCAUUAGUAUACCUCAGCAGGAGCAGUUGACGCUGCAGCCCCAGCAGCAGGCGACGCUGCAGUUGCAGGCACAGACAGCGGUGGCAGCCACCGUCACGGCAACUGCCACGGCGGCAACAACAGCAACAGGAGCCAGCGGGAGCGGGGGCAAGAAGAAGAAGCGGAAAAAGCGAAGCAAGGACCGAAAGCCGAAGCUGCGUCCCGGAGAGAUACGACUGGGAACGGCCCUGGACGGUAGCCCGCUGUACAUGUGCCCCGAAUGCCAUGUGGCAUACCCGGAACCGGAACUGCUGGAGGUGCAUCUGGUGGGGCACAACCUGGAGAAGCGGUAUGUGUGCGACAUCUGCCAGGCGUCGCUGAAGCGGAAGGAUCACCUGACGCGGCACAAACAGUCGCACAAUCCGGACCGUCCGUACAUCUGCACCGUCUGCCUGAAGGCCUUCAAGCGGAAGGAGCAGCUGAGCCUGCACUUUGUGAUCCACUCGGGUGAGAAGCGGCACCAGUGCGCCGAGUGCGGCAAGGGAUUCUACCGCAAGGAUCACCUGCGCAAGCACACCCGUUCCCACAUCGCCCGGCGGGUGAAGGCGGAGCUGAACAGUCAUGUGAGGCGGGAGAACGGCACCAGUAUGUUGCAGCCAGUGGUCACAGAGGCUACUACGGCGGCACUGCAACAUGCCAAUCAACUGGCCACCCAGCAACAGCAAUUGCAACAGCAACAGCAGCAACAACAGCAGCAACAGCAACAGCAGCAGCAGCAGCAACAUCACAUAGUGAUCACGCAGCAACAGACAACGCAACAGCAGCAGCAGCAGCAGCAGCAGACAUCGCAGCAGCAGCAACAAAAUCAGCAAAUGAUAAAUUAGCCAAAUGAUUUUUGUAAAGUCAGUUAAAGCAAAAUUCAAUUUCGCCACAAGGUAGCAGCCAUCUGUUAAGGAUGUCUGUUUCAAAAACAGAAACUCUCUCGGUCCACACAAUUUAAUUGACUCUCACAAAUCGGAUAAUAAACUGAAGCCUGGAGGAUGUUAGCUAAUGUCUUCAUGGAUGUUCCCAUUGUGGAAUACUCAA